UGUAGACAUGAAGUCCAUUCUCUCUCUCUCAUCUGUUCUGUUGGUUCUAGAACUCUGCUCAGGUGAGUGGUGCUACCAGAGCCAGGUUUCCUGUAAUGACACAUGCAGAGGGCCUUCAGAGUGGAAGAAUCUUUUUCCUAAUUGUGGAGGUCAGAGACAAUCACCCAUCAAUAUAGUCACAAGCAGAGUGAAGCAUGACCCGAAACUGACCCGUUUUAUCUUCGAGGGCCACGAGAAAGUUUUCAGUAUGAGUGUGGAAAAUCAUGGACAUUCAGCUCACUUCACACUUCCUCAAUCUGUGCGUCUCCGUGGUGGAGGUCUGCCAGCCACAUACAAGGCCGUCCAGUUCCACCUGCACUGGGGAGAGAACGGCAGCCAGGGCUCAGAGCAUUCUGUGGACGGGGAGCGAUAUCCCAUGGAGCUCCAUAUUGUUCACAUUAAAGAAAAGUAUGGCAGCUUGGGAGAGGCUCUAAAUGACUCGAGAGGGGUGGCAGCACUUGCCUUCUUUUUUGAGGUGACUUCUGGGGAAAACGAACAUCUGGACAGAGUCAUACAGGCUUUAGGAAGAGUCCGAUAUGAAGGGAACAGCAGUGAAAUUGAGGAUUUUAGACUGACUGACAUCAUCCCUCGAGCCAGUAAACUGAACUACUAUCGGUACUCCGGCUCAUUGACCACACCAGGCUGUGACCAGGCUGUUGUGUGGACGGUCUUCCAACAGACUCUGCCCAUAAGCGAAAAUCAGCUGAUGUCAGUGGAUAAACAGCUGUUAUUUGGAACAGAAAAACCAAUGACUGGAAUAUUCCGUCCUGUGCAGAAUCUGAAUGGACGAGUUGUGUACACAUCAAUGCCAGCUCACAGUCUGUGUGUCCUGCCCAAUCUAAUCACCCUGUUUCUGAGCCUCUUUUGUGUUUUUGGACAACAAAGGUGUUUUCACUGAAUGGUAGAGAACACGUCUCUUUUAACACAGGAUGUUCUGUAUCAAACUUCCAGAAACAAAGUAUAGCUAAUCAAUCUCCUGAGCACUGAAAUGAAGAUGGGAUGGAGAUUUCUUGUCAAUUGUCUCACUGGUGCCUCUUUUCAUAUCAUGGGAUAUUUUCCUUCAGUUGUGGCAGCUUUAUCUGGCUUUGUUUAUUUCAGGAUUCCCAUCUGUUUUCCAUUACUUUUUUUAUUUGUUCGUGAUUACUGUAAAGU